UAUAAUGUCUUUUUGAAAGGGCUGUGUUGUCUUGGUAAGAACAUAGCUAAUAAACUGACAGCGUUGUUUUGUAUCAGUGAGAAUACGACUAAACCACCUUCCAUUUAACAGCUUACAUGUAACUCCUGAUUAUGCCAAUAGAUGGCAAUACAGGGUCAGACUGAGAACCCUCCAUGCUGUGGAGGAUUGUUUGAAAAGAAGAAAAAAAUGUUUUAAAAUAGAAUGAAUCUCCUUUGUCAAAUACAUAACGCUCUUAGGGAACAAACUUUGAUUGUUACAUACUUUAUACUAAAUGCCUCUAAUCAAGGUUUGAGUUCAAGUGAUAUUUUGCAGAAAAAAACAACUAUAAAACAACUAAAGCCACAGUACAAGAAAAUAAAGGCAACAUAGACAUUAACAACAUUAUAAAUAGCACAAAGUUAUAAUCUUAAAAGAAAAUGAAUAGCAGCACUAAGGUCAAAUGCAGAAACAUGAUCAAUAACAGAUACAACUGAUUUAUCCAUCACAUUAUCAUCAUCAUCUACCACACAUUGGGAAAAGUGUGUCUGCUGUCACACCCCAUCAUCCCAUCAAAAAGCUCAAGACCUCUGAAGUGAGUUGGAAUGUAACUCUACAGGCACAAGGACCCAGCAUUCUCUGACUGGGCUGCUCAACCUGCAGGUUGUGUUAUGGUAUAUUUGUCCCAACUGGAGUACAUUCUUGUGUGUAAGAAGUGAACAUGGAGAAACACUGGUCGGUGGUUUGUGCGCUGAUUUUAACACUCUGUGCAUUUGUGCACUUUAACAUGGUUUUUGCUGCAGAUGCGGAUGACCAUUUAACAGUGAGUCUUCCAAAACCAGGCCACUGCCCACGUCUCCUUAACGUUGUCCCAUCAAAAAAGGCGUGUGUGUGUGAUGAAGACUGUCCUGCCGAUCACAAAUGCUGUGUCUUUGACUGUGGAGCUGUCUGUGUCCCUCCUGCUUUCACCAAGCCAGGACUGUGUCCUCGCAGGCACUGGGGUGCAGGGCUGUGUGCUGAAUUUUGCUUUAAUGACAGUGACUGCCCCGAUCAUGAGAAGUGCUGCUACAAUGGAUGUGGACAUGAGUGCAUUGCACCAUACACAGUGAAGCCGGGCCGCUGUGCUCUGCCUACGGGAACCCUCAUGUGUGCUGAGUACUGCUAUCAUGAUGGUCAGUGUCCAGGAGAGCAGAAGUGCUGCAAGACAUCCUGCGGCCAUGCCUGCAGUAAGCCCUGCUGAUUGGACAGCCAGCGGCUCUGCUACACAUGUGCACUCACAGAAAAUGUCAUUCGCAAUGAGACAUUUAAUCAUGAGCACAUUUUCUACCUUUUCAACUCCAUAGUAGCACACUGUAGUACAACAUUUGAGUCCUGGUUUGCACAAAGUUUGAUUCUUUCGGGGAGAGAGUAAAUUACUCUCCUUGAUAUAGUUAAGAAGCCAUUUUAUGUGCCUAUACUUUAAGUACAUGCAAAAAUCUGCAUGCACUUAAUGCAUGUAGGUAUGGAGCAAUUUGUGUUUCUUUGUAUUUCAACCAAUAAACGUGUUUCCAGAACCUA